UCACAAGAAGCUUCCCCAAAUUCUCCACAAUUUAGCGGUCUUAGCACCUAACCUUGUUCAUCACAGGCUACCACCAGGUUACAGGUUACCUACCUCCGUACAGCGCAGCCCCAGAGCCGCAUUAUCUGACAGCUGACAUUUCUUCCUUUGUCGCAUACCUAUCCUAUCGCAUAACCAUAUCGCCAUACCAUCUACCUUCUAUCAAUUUGACCGCGCCGGUUUGCGACCAGCAAAAACAAUAAUUACUAAUUGCUUCCUUUUUCCUCUUCUUGCAUUUAUCCCUUCCAACCGUCGCCAUCCUACGAAGAAAUAGCCCGGAUAAAUAAAUACAAUGUCUCAUCCUCCCACGUCGCGGUCCAGAGCGCCACCCGCCGGCAACGAGGAGGCUACUACCGUCCUCAGGCUGGGCGAGUUCCAGGACGUCGACACCCUGACGCUAUCCGAAGCCUCCCUCGUCAUCAACGCCCUAGUCGCCAAGCGCCGCAACGACCGCAAGAACGUCAACGAGACAGAGAUGUUAACUAAGACUAUCGAUUACCUGGAUACCUUCGCCCGCUUCAAGAAGAAGGAGAGCGUCGAGGCCGUGGAACGAUUGUUGAGCUCGCAUAAGGAGUUUCACAAGUUUGAGCGCGCGCAAUUAGGAUCGCUUUGCUGCGAGACGGCCGAGGAGGCCAAAUACCUAAUCCCGUCGAUCACCGAUAAAAUCUCCGACGAAGAGCUACAAGAGCUGCUCAACGAGAUCUACAAGCUGAUGCCGCGAUGAUACCGCUCUCCAUAAACCCGCGGUGCUCUAGCAAAGUGCCGUACCUCUUUCUUCUGUUCCUUAUAACCGAACAGAUCUACCGAAACCCACAACAACAACCUCCACGCGAGGCAUAAUUCCAAGGUUGAGAAGCUUGUGAUAAUGGAUCCUAGGGGAACAAAGGCCGAUCGAUUUCUUGUCAGUUGGGCGUUUUCAUUUGAAUUAGACCAGGGGACCUGGUAUUGCACUAAACGGCGUAGGAUAAGGAAAAAAGACUGGCAGGCUUUCUUGAUUUCUGUCAUGUUCCAUACCCCCCAUAAGAUCGGAAGAUACAGGCAAAGACUAAAUAAAUAGCAUUCGGUUGGUUUUGUCAUGAUUAUUCUCUGGAAUAUCUUUGGUAUACUGUGAUACAUUGUACUUUUUUGAAUUUGUAGGGCUUUUUAUUAACAAAUAUUGUAAUAUCUGAUCGAUACAGCAAAUAUAGUAUUAAGAGGGAAG